GUAGAAAUCUUAACCCCGGUUCUUUCCUCAUCAAUGUGUCAGAAGUUCACAUUAUUAAUAAAUAACAUAAGAUAUUAUAAUAAAUAAUUAAACCAAGUUAAAGAUUGAUCUCCAAUAUGAAGCCGAUUAUGUUGCAAGGGCACGAACGUGCCAUCACACAAAUUAAAUAUAAUCGAGAAGGUGACCUCUUGUUCUCAGCAUCUAAAGGUAACAAACCAGAUGUAUGGUAUGCUCUCAAUGGAGAACGUUUGGGUACAUUUAAUGGACAUCAGGGAGUUAUCUGGUGUAUCGACAUUGACUGGACGUCAACCAGAUUCAUGUCAGGUGCUGGUGACAAUACAUGCAAAAUUUGGGACUGUGAAACUGGUAAAGAAAUAGGAAACAUUAAUUCUGCUUCUGCAGUUAGGACGUGCAUGUUUAGCUACUCUGCUAACAUGGCUGUAUAUACUACCGAUCAAGCUAUGAAGCAGCCUUGUGAGGUAUUCGUUGUAGAUACUAGGUGUGUAGAUGAUAGCACAGGUAACCAGCAGCCUAUAUUGAGAGUGCCCAUAACUGGAUCUAGAGUAUCGUCUAUUUUGUGGGAUAGUUUAGAUGAAAGUUUUAUUACAGGCCAUGAAAAUGGAGAACUUAUUCAUUGGGAUCUUAAGACUGGUAAACAACUAAACAAAGUCAGAGAGCAUGAUCUUCUUAUCAAUGACAUGCAAUGGAAUAAGGACCAAACCAUGUUCAUCACAGCUUCUAAAGAUCAUACUGCUAAACUUUUUGAUAAAAAUGAUUUGCUACUUCUUAAAACAUACAAAACUGAGAGACCUGUAAAUUCGGCAGCCAUUAGUCCCAUUUUUGACCAUGUAGUGCUUGGUGGUGGUCAGGAUGCUAUGGAUGUAACAACCACUUCAGCUAAGGCUGGAAAAUUCGAUUCAAGGUUCUUCCAUAUGAUAUUUGAAGAAGAGUUUGGAAGAGUAAAGGGUCAUUUCGGUCCCAUAAACAGUGUAGCGUUCCAUCCCGAUGGAAAGGGAUACAGUUCUGGAGGAGAAGACGGUUUUGUUAGAGUUCAUACUUUUGAUACAUCAUAUUUUGAAUACAACUUUGAUUAUUAAGACCAUAUUGUUAUGAUGAGGUUAUGUAAGAUAAUUGGUAUAAUAAAACUUUUAUAUCCUAUAUA